UCCAUUCUGUGUAGUUAGGUCACCAAGAUAUACAUUUAGGUUUAUUUGUUUCAUUUUACUUUCAACUUUUAUAGAUUGAUUUUUAAAAUUAAUCUUUAUCAUUUAAUCACAUAAAACAUGUAGGUUUCCAAAGUCAGAUACAUAAAACAGAGUAUAUGCAAAGUUUAGCCUCUUUUCCCUUCAUUCUAUUCUCUCCUUCCUCAUAUGAACUAUUAAAAAUUUUUGUUAUACUUCCACUUUUUAAAAAUAUAAGUAUUUAUUUAUUUACAUUUGUACCUCCCUACUCCCUUUCACAAUUGAAUAGUAGAGGUAAUGGGCAUACUUUCUUAUUCCUGACGUUAGCAGGAAAGCCUCUAGCAUUUCACCAUUGACAUCCUCUAAAACUUUUUGCAAAAUGCGGGCAACGCUAUCCAUUCUAAAUAAUCUUCCACAGCAUUUCUUGGCAAGAAAAACAAUGUGAAAACUCUCAAACUGAAAAGUGGCCCGCCAACAUGCCUGUUGACUGAGUAUUAACCCAUUUGGGGAGAGCUUCAAGAGCUCCGAACUCGACUUAGUACAUUUUACACAAGAAGAAAACUGAGAGGAACUGCCCCAAGGAACACUGGGAACGGGCGAGAGCUCCAGGAUCCUGCCCUGCAGUCCAGGGGUCCUGGAUAAGUCUACCAAGACUUUCUUUUUUAUUUUCUUUCUCUCUUUUUUUUAAAGUGUACUCAAUACACAGAUACGUAUUUUUACAGAGAGGAAUAUUUUAGGAGACCCUCGAAGGUUAAGAAGUGGCAGAAGGCUGCAAGGCUGGAUGAAGCAGUUACCGCCCGCGCAACCACGAUCGCCCAGAGCCCCAGAAGGGUGCCCCGCUCGCACCCACUCAUACUGGGAAGCUCCGGUUCUAGUUCGGGGGCGACAGAACUCGCGGAGAUGCUGUGAAGGCACGAAGUAGGGAGGUCCAAAUGAGAGGGCGCGGGACCAUUAAGUCAAAGCUGUCACACUUGGCGCUGGGACAGGGCAGACAGACACAGGCAGCAUUCCAGCAGAAGUCGGGCGAAGACACAGCGGGGCGAGCACACCACAGGGUUCGCUUCCGCCUGGCCCCGCCCUCCCCGGUGCGCUCCGAGCUGCCGCCGGCCGCCGCCGCAACGAGCGAGAAGCCCGCGGCGCCGACCGACCUGGGCGCGCCCGCGCCGCACAGCAGCCUGGCCCUGAGCUUCGAGCUGCAGGCCGCGCGGGCCGCAGCGGGGGGCCCCUUCGAUGCCGCGAAGGCCGUGGAGGAGCAGCUCAGAAAGUCCUUCCAGACCCGCUGCGGCCUGGAGGAGAGCGUGGCCGAGGGGCUGAACGUGCCGCGCUCCAGGCGGCUCUUUCGAGACCUGGUGAGCCUGCAGGUGCCGGAGGAACAGGUUCUGAACGCCGCGCUGCGGGAGAAGCUGGCGCUCCUGCCGCCGCAGGGUCGAGCCCCCGCCCCGAAGGACCCACCUGGGCCAGGGCCAGACAUGACCAUCCUGUGUGACCCAGAAACACUAUUUUAUGAAUCUCCACACCUGACCCUGGAUGGGCUGCCGCCGCUCCGGCUUCAGCUCCGGCCCCGCCCUUCAGAGGACACCUUUCUCAUGCAUCGGACGCUGAGGCGGUGGGAAGCGUAGACCUGGAGGCUCCCUGGAUUGCUACUUCCUAUUUUUGUGUUAAAACUAUUUAUCGGAAUAAAGUGGUUUUGCUAACAAA